AUUUUCUGUGCUAUUUUAUCUAGGGCUUGACUUUGCCGUGUUACAGAGAGAAACCCUAGAGCAAGAAGAGAAGAGAGGUAGAAGAAAAUGCCGGCUAGACACGGUCUACGAUCUCGGACACGAGACCUGUUUUCACGUCCCUUCAGGAAGAAGGGGUACAUCCCUCUCUCCACCUACCUCAAGACCUACAAGACCAGCGAGUAUGUCGAUAUUAAGGUGAACGGCGCCAUUCACAAGGGUAUGCCCCACAAGUUCUACCAUGUCCGAACUGGGCGUGUCUGGAACAUCACCAAGCACGCUAUUGGUGUGGAGAUUAACAAGCAGGUUCGGAGAUGCAUCAUUAAGAAGAGGAUUCAUGUUCGUGUGGUGCAUGUCCAGCCCUCUAGAUGCACUGAGGAGUUCAGAAACAGAAAGUUAAGGAACGAUAAGCUCAAGGCCGAGGCCAAGUUGAAGGGUGAGGCCAUCAGCACCAAGAGGCAGCCAGAGGGUCCCAAGCCAGGUUUUAUGGUCGAAGGAGCACAGUUGGAAACUGUCACCCCCAUUCCUUACGAUGUUGUCAACGAUCUCAAGGGUGGUUAUUAGAUCUUUCUAUGUAUUAUUUUUUCUUCUCAAUGUUUUGUUCUGUUCUGUUCUUUUCUGGUUUUGAUUUUGUUUUCAAGACUACCAAUGGAAACGUUUCCUUAAUUAGUUCAA